AUGUCUCUGAGUCUACUUACGGCUAUCCGCGAAAUGGAUCUGCGAAUGAUUUUGGAUAUCAAAUAUCCUGCUGCUGCGAAUUCUAACAAUCCCUCAAUAUACGCGAUUGGAGAUCGGCCUGUUAUAGGAACUCAGCUCAAAAUUACUCAACAUGCGCUUCUCUUGGGACUUUUGAUUGGUCUCGUUUCUGUACAAGCGAUCUGUUUUAUAACAACGGCGUUUAUAGCAAAUAGAGUGGUGGUUAAAGAUGAGAGUGUCUUUUCUACAGCGAGUAUACUGCGGCCGGUGAUGAGUUCUCUGGGAAACCAUGGGAAUGUUGCGGAGGGCGAACAGAUAUGUGAUGUUCUUAGUCAUUUGAGGUUGAGAUAUACGGCUGUUCAGGAUGAGAAGGAUAGAUCUGUGUGGAAAGUGGGACUUAGUAAUGCUGAAAGGCUGAGGAGGUUUCCGGACUUGAAAGUGUAUGAUUGA